AUGCCCGUCCACCCAUCCCUCGAAGGCUCAACCUUCAACGCCGACAUGCGCGAUCGCCGUUUGAUCUACGAGUACGCCGCAGCAGACAAGGAUGGCAAUCCAGAGAAAUGGCGGUACGAGAUGUGGUUCGAGAACGCCGAGAGGAUCAACUAUGCAAUUUACGGCGGGCCAAUGGCCGGACGAAUAAACUUCCAAACAGCCGAGUACCAAUGCAUUCGACCUGACGAGGUUGGGGAUUCAGACGGAGCGGCAUCUUUUGAAUGA